UCUGUAUGGAAUUACCUGCGCCCGCGGCGGGGCUGGCAGCGGUGGAUGGAUGGGCGCCGCGGCACUAGCGGCCAACUCAGCCCCAGGAGUAAACACGGGGCUUCUCCGGCCGAGUACGCAGUGUGGUGACCGGCACUCGCCUUGCUGACUGAUCGCACAGGAGGGAUAUUGCGGGAGACUCCUGAGGGAAGCAGUCACAGAAAGACAGAAGAUGAAAGUUCCUAUUCCCAACUUGAUUGUCUUGUAUGCUACUGUAACUCAGAGCUUGAAGGUUGUGACCAAAAGGGGAUCAGAGCUCUGAAGUUCUGACAAGCUGUGAGCAGUUCUUCAAUCAGCUGAUGGAUGCACUGAUUGGUCUGUGGAUUACAAGAAAUAUCAAGUUCUAGUGGGAGAACCUGUUCGUAUAAAAUGUGCACUCUUUUAUGGAUAUAUUAGAGCUAAUUACUCCCUUGCGCAAAGUGCUGGACUUAGUUUGAUGUGGUACAAAAGCUCUGGACCUGGGGAUUUUGAGGAACCUAUAGCUUUUGAUGGAACUAGAAUGAGCAAAGAAGAAGACUCCAUUUGGUUCCGACCAACAAUGGUACAAGACAGCGGGCUCUAUGCAUGUGUGAUAAGAAACUCAACUUACUGUAUGAAAGUGUCCAUUUCAUUGAUGGUGGGUGAAAAUGACACUGGACUCUGCUACAAUUCAAAGAUGAAAUAUUUUGAAAAAGCUGAACUUAGCAAAAGCAAGGAAAUCUCAUGCCCUGAAAUUGAGGAUUUUUUAUUUCCUUUUAGAGAGCCUGAAAUUCUGUGGUAUAAGGAAUGCAAGUCAAAGACAUGGAGAUCAAGUAUUGUGUUUAAAAAGGAUACUCUUGUCAUUCGGGAAGUUAGAGAGGAUGACAUUGGAAAUUACACUUGUGAGUUGAAAUACGGAUUCUUUGUUGUCAGAAGAACUACAGAAUUAACAGUUACAGCACCACUAACAGAUAAACCACCGAAGCUUUUGCAUCCCUUGGAGAGUAAGCUAACAAUUCAGGAGACCCAGUUAGGCAGUUCUACUAAUCUAACCUGCCGAGCUUUCUUUGGGUAUAGUGGAGAUGUCAGUCCUUUAAUCUACUGGAUGAAAGGGGAGAAGUUUAUUGAAGAUUUGGAUGACAGUCGAGUCUGGGAAAGUGACAUCAGGGUUCUCAAGGAACAUCUUGGGGAACAGGAGGUUUCCAUCUCAUUGAUUAUUGACUCUGUGGAAGAGGCAGACCUGGGGAAUUACUCAUGCUAUGUCGAGAAUGGAAAUGGACGCCGGCAUGCCAGUAUUCUUCUACAUAAAAGGGAGCUGAUGUACACAGUUGAGCUUGCUGGUGGACUUGGUGCUAUUCUGCUGCUGCUCGUUUGUUUAGUGACUAUCUACAAGUGUUACAAGAUAGAGAUUAUGCUCUUCUACAGGAAUCAUUUUGGAGCUGAAGAACUAGAUGGAGACAACAAAGACUACGAUGCAUAUCUAUCUUAUACCAAAGUGGAUCCUGACCAGUGGAAUCAAGAAACUGGAGAAGAAGAAAGAUUUGCUCUUGAGAUCCUACCAGAUAUGCUUGAAAAGCAUUAUGGAUAUAAGUUGUUCAUACCAGACAGAGAUUUGAUUCCCACAGGAACCUACAUUGAAGACGUGGCAAGAUGUGUAGACCAAAGCAAGCGACUGAUCAUCGUUAUGACUCCAAAUUAUGUGGUAAGAAGAGGCUGGAGCAUCUUUGAACUGGAAACGAGGCUUCGAAAUAUGUUAGUCACGGGUGAAAUCAAAGUGAUACUGAUUGAAUGCAGUGAACUGCGAGGAGUUAUGAACUACCAGGAGGUUGAGGCCCUAAAACAUACCAUCAAGCUCCUCACUGUCAUUAAAUGGCAUGGACCAAAAUGCAACAAGUUGAAUUCCAAGUUCUGGAAACGUUUACAGUACGAAAUGCCUUUUAAGAGGAUUGAACCCAUCACACACGAGCAGGUUUUAGAUGUUAGUGAGCAGGGGCCCUUUGGGGAACUGCAGACAGUCUCUGCAAUUUCCAUGGCUGCUGCCACCUCCACUGCUCUUGCCACUGCCCAUCCAGACCUGCGCUCCACCUUUCAUAACACAUAUCAUUCACAGAUGCGCCAGAAACACUAUUAUCGAAGCUAUGAAUACGAUGUACCUCCUACCGGCACCCUGCCACUUACCUCAAUAGGUAACCAGCAUACCUACUGCAACAUCCCUAUGACACUUAUAAAUGGGCAGCGGCCGCAGACAAAAACUAACAGGGAGCAGAAUCCAGAAGAGGCUCACACAAACAGUGCGAUACUGCCCCUCUUGCCACGGGAGACCAGUAUAUCAAGUGUUAUUUGGUGACCGAAAUGCAAGGGGCUGUCAACAACCUUGAGUAGGAGCUGAGUCUGCAGUCCGGUGCCUGGAACUACAUCCUCAACUGCUGCUGUUAAACAUGCAUUACAAUCAAUUAACAUACGAGGAAAAACAGGGUCUUGUACAUACGGUUUUUGCAAUUUCUUUGUAGCAUCAGUCUUCCUGUUUUACCCAUGUCUCUUUCCAUUUGCAUUUUCAACUUUGUUUUAUAUGUCAUUGGAAUUUGUAUAUUUACAUUUUUUUAAAUGAAGAGACUAAUGUAUAGAUAGGAAAAUUUUUUGCUUCAUUAGUAUAGUUUUAGACUUCCUGUUUGUUUGUUUUUAACCUCUCUUGGGAAUGCUUGGACAAAGUUAUGUUGAUAUCAGAAGCACCAUCCAUUUUGUUGGCCUAUCUAGCCUGAUUUCUGAAGGCCAUGCCUGCUGCAGUUCACCUCUUUCAGAGAAUAUUUGUUCUUAGAAGGACCCCGUCCUUCACUGAGAUCUCCAGCUUCAUUUCUACUCCUGUAAUGUGCACUGCUCCUUCCCUGCCCUUACAAUGACCCUCAUUCGGGGUAACACUGCAGUCUGAUCAUCUAACAUGUAACUUAGUAGAUACCUGUCAAACAACAGAAUAUACCCAAUCUCUAUCGGUUGCUUCACAGUAGUCACUACAGAGUCUGUAGAAACUAGAGAUGGUUUGGUUUUUGCUUUCUUGGGUUUGUUUGUUUUUUUUUUAAUUAUUAUUUUCAGAAUGAGUUGAUUGUAUCCCUUUUAUAAAUAUAAAAGCAAACCCUAUUUUUAACACUUCCUGGAAAAGUAUUAAUGUGGUUGUGGAUUUUAUUUUUAAGCAUUUUUCUUCCCCCCCCUUUCAAAAUCCUGCAAAUAAGACCAUUUACGAUUGUAAGGCAAAUAAGAAAAGUGAGGCAAUAGGCACAGAAGUGCAAUAUCUUGCUGAUAUUUAUAGUGAUGACUUCCAAACCAAAGGGGAAUAAAAGGCAGUGUUGUAGAUGGUUUGUCACUUUGUAUUAUAGAAAGUGUUAUUUUCUAAAAAAGUAAGAGCAAAACAUUAUUUUGCUGUGGAUUACAGAGUCCCCUUGUAUUUUAAUGUUUAAAAACCCCUGUAUUAUUUGCUUUAAAAUCAUAUAUUCAGGAUUAAGAAAUCUUCUUUCAUUUGGUUUUAGCUUGUAACAAAAAUUAAGACUUUCUUAAUUUCAAAAUAAUUUUAGUGAGAACUCAGGCAGGAAAAAAAUGACAUGAAUAUCAACAAAUAUAAUUGUUUUCAAAAUAAACUUUAUUUAUACAAAAUUAAUAUUUAAAUCAGACCUGGAAGUAUUAAAAAAAUAUUCACUUUAAUGAAUAAAUAGUUUUAUUUUUUAUGUAUGAUUCUAUCUUUGAGGAGUUGUAAAUAAUGCAUGUACCAUGGCUGCCAGGGAGGAAAAAAAACCCCACUAGAUUUAUAUGUGGACAUCUUUAAGGCAAUAAGCAUCUUACUCAUACUUGCAUUUUAAACAACAGAAAAGGCUUUUCUGGUUUUAGAAAGAGACAGGAGCAGUGUUGUAUCUCUAUAACAUAUCCAGGCCAAGCUCUCUGCUAGUCUCUGCUAGCAGAAGCAGAGGAGCUGGGGUUACUCGUUGCAGCACACUGUCAUAGAGUCAUGGGUUUGAUUUGCCCUGGCAGAAACGUAACUGGUAUCCUGACAAACAGACCUUAUAGUCUAUUUAUGUGAUUAAUUUUCUUUAUGUAUUUUUAUGGUAGCUAAAUAAUAUUGACCAAUAUAAUGGAUAUGUGGGGCUUUCUCACUGUCACAAUGAGAAAAGUACAGCUUAUAAUACUUUGGUCUUCUUAAUGAAAAGUGAUGGGUAGAGAGUGGGUAAACUGCAGUGUGGAGGAUGUUUGUGGGAGCAAUCCAGAACUGACAGUGUGGGAGGAAAUGACUGUGCUCCUGUUGUGAAAGUCAAGAAAUCUCAGUAUCUGCAUAACAACCUAACAGAGCUUUGGGAUGUGUACUGAUUUUUAGUUGCUUAAAAAUGUUUAUUUCUCCGACAAUUUGCUUUUCUACAAUCUGUUCUUUACUAUGGCGUCUCCCUCUGGACAUGUGCCAAACAUCCACAAAAUGGAAAUGAAGCUGCCAGGCCACAUAAAAUUUUAAGAGAGCUUUGCACAUUUGAUUAUUUUCAUAGUGUAAGAAAGAAAGCUAGUAUUUAUUUGCUUCUACAGACACCUGUCAGGCACCGAUGGCAUUUUCCUUCAUUCAUCUGUAUGCCAAAUACCCCAGUAUCCCAUGAAAGCAAUGCAUUAUUUUUUUCCCCUUUCCUUCCUCUUUAACUUGGCAUAAAGACUGGGAUGUGAAAUAAAUGUAGGAUGCAACUAUCUGAUCACAGUCAUAUUUAGAUGAUUGGUAGGCAAUCCCUCAUGGGGAGUACUUUUCUGUUGUUCUAUUUUUAGUGUAGAUUUAAGCACUUUGAAUAGCAUGAUUCAGGGAUUGACAGAUACUCUUUGAUAUUCACACUACGUAAAAAUUUUUCUUAUAAUGUUUUGUUAUAUUAAACAAAAGAAAAACGAAAAAAAAAAGAAAAAAUCAACUACAAAACAAAACCUAAAACAAAUGGAGAAGCUGCCUAUGGCUUUAGAAACAUUCCUCUUUAGAAUUCCUCCUCUAUGAACAGCUUUGUGCAGGAAAUAGUGAAGAGAACUGUUUUGUGUUCACAUGCUCUAUGUUUGCAAAAAGUUGCUUGAAUGCAAAAUAAAAUGAAAAAGAAAA